UCUGGUUUCGCAGGCAAACCGCGGCGGAAGAACCGGAGGAGAAGGAGAACAAGGACAGCAUGCUGGGCCUGUUUCUCGCCAACCGGAGUCUGCCUCUCUCGCUGGGCUUUACUUCCAUGACCGCGACUUGGGUCGGAGCCGGUUACAUCAACGGAACCGCUGAAGCUGUGUUCAACGACGGGCUCGUCUGGUGCCAGGCUCCGCUCGGCUACGCGCUCAGCCUCGUCAUUGGUGGACUGUUCUUCGCGGGCAGAAUGCACGCAACCAAGGCAUUCACAAUGCUGGACCCAUUCCAGAAACACUACGGCUGCUGGAUUGGAAUUUUACUCUGCGUACCAGCGGUCUCUGGCGAGGUAUUCUGGACUGCCUCCAACCUGUCAGCAUUGGGCGAGACCUUGUACGCCGUUACGCACCUUAACAUCACCCUGAUCAUAGUUGUGUCCACCUGCGUGAUCCUCUUGUACACCUCGAAGGGCGGUCUCGCCUCUGUGCUGUACACGGACGUCUUUCAGCUGUGCAGCACCGUCAUGGGCCUGUGGUGCUGUGUGCCCUUCAUCGCGAGGUAUGGUGCUGAAGCGAAGAUCAGCGAAGCGCAGAAAGACUGGGUUGGCGUGAUCGGAAACAACGAUCUGAGUCGGAUCAUCGAUCAGCUCUUAAUGGCCAUCUUCGGCGGUAUACCCUGGCAGGUCUACUUUCAGCGGGUGCUGAGCGCCGACUCCGCCUUCACCGCGAAAAUGCUCUCGUUCUUGUCCGCCGUGGGAUGCGUGUUCCUGUCCCUUCCACCGGUCAUCGUCGGUGCCAGUGGGAAAAGCGCCAACUUCACGGCGGCUGGCUACCCGGGUCCGUACAACCUGGAAAUGGCUCACCGAAAAGACAUCAUGCCGUACGCCAUCCGCUACCUGACGCCGGGCGUGAUCUCGAUCCUGGGCCAACUGGCCAUCACGGCGGCUGUCAUGUCGUCCGUCGACUCGUCCAUGCUCAGUGCUUCGUCCCUCAUCACGCGCAACGUCUACCAGCUUAUGUUUAGGCCUAUGGCAACCGAGGAAGAGCUGUGCGCUGCGCUUCGAUGCACCCUGUGGGUGGUCGGCCUGUUGUCGAUGGCCAUGGCCCUGAACGUGCAGUCGGUGUUUGCGCUGUGGGUUCUCUCCUCGGACCUUGUCUACGUGUUGCUGUUCCCACAGUUCAUCGUGCUAUUUUUCAUGCCCAGCAAGAUCAACGCGUACGGUGCCGUCGCAGGCUUCGCGAUAGGCCUGAUCACGCGGGCCCUGUGUGGCGAGCCGCAAAUCGGCAUUCCCGUCAUGUUGAGGCUGCCCCUGUACGACGAACAGCGCGGUCAGCAGUUUCCUUUCCGGACCUUGUGCAUGCUGCUGAGCCUGGCCUGCGUGCUCGGCGGCUCGGCGUUCGCCGCGUACCUGUUUCGGUCGGGCCGCCUGGAAGCGCAGCAAGACGUGUGGGGCUGCUUUCAGGAGCCGUCAAACGUCGCCGCUCAGACGGCCCGCAGCGGCUUCUCGACGAACGCGCCUUCCAACGUCGCUGCCGGCCACAGCCUGAGCGCAGCAGCGUCUGCACAAGCCGCCGGCACCAGGCCACACGGCGGCGGGCAAGAAGUCACCGACAGGGAAAGCACCGGAGAGCAGCGGAGAGAACACGCCGAUCGGUCUUCGGGAUUGUCGCGCGCGGCCUCCGACGACAAGGAGAAAUCAACCUCUCAAGCGGCCCACACGUCGCACAGGCAUCAACGCAAGCUUUCCGGUGCCCUUGCGGAGCAGGAUUUCAUUCUGGAAGGGCCGAGAAACAGACGCAUUCAGUCUUCGGACCCGGAAUCGAAGCCCUCCGGUUCACACGGUGUCGAGUCAUCGAAAGUUGUCAGGCGCAAGGAGUUGGGUGCUUCGGAGGCCGAGCCAAAGGGAGCCAGGAUGCCAGUCCGCAGGCAAAGCGUUCAGGGCGAGCACCGAGCCAGAAUGCAAGGCCGGAGGCAAAGCGUGGUGGGCGACGAGGACAGGGUCCUUACGGCGAACGAUAAACAGUCCGCGGCCGUUGGCGCUGCACCGAUGAAGAGCGAGCGUCCUUUAGCACACCACGACGCUGGCUCAUCGGGAAGCAAGCGACACAGUGACAGGGACUUGAAGGAGAGCGGUCAUAGCGCCAAGUCGACGACGACCCCUUCCGGAAAGAACAAAGAGAGAAAGGACGGCACCACCCCGUCGAAGAGUGCCAGAGCGAAGAAACAUAAGUAG